AUGACAGAGUGUGGAAUUAAAAGGUUUACUAUCUGUGCCCUUGUUCUAUGCGCUUUGUGCAUGACCUCAAAUGCAAGUGUAGGUCCACUGGCGGCUGUACGUUUUUCUCCACUUUUGUAUUCCGCUGUUGCUUAUGGACCUGGAAUUGUUCCUGUAAAUGCACCUUCAGAUUUACCAUCUAGACUUCAUGUUUACAAUGCUCCUCUAAUUGUACCAGUUGGCUUGAAGACUGAAGCAACUUACACAGCAAAGACUCCUGGUUCUGAACAUGUUGCAUCACUUCCUGGACAUAUUCAAUCAGCUUCUUCCAUCAACUUGGAACAAGCACCAGGAUCAAAAGAUUCAAAUUCUCUUCCACCAUCAAUAGCUAUCCAUGAGUCACCGAUUCCAGCAGCACUUUCUCUUAGUAUUUCUCCAUAUUUAAUUAGAGCACAAAUUGUUGUGCCAACUGAGGCCACCUAUGUAGCCAAGAAUCUUGGAGUUGAACAUACUGCUCCACUUCCAGGACACACAAUUUCAGCUACUUCUUUAAACUUGCAACCAGCACCAGGAUCAAAGUAA